CAGUAGUGAUCAGCUCGAAUGCACCUGUGCUGCUAACCGCGUCCUGCACUUUGAUCGCGCUGCUGUUAUUCUGCGUCCAUUAGAGUUAAAGUUAUGGAGGAACUCACAGGAGCACAGCUUAUUGCUGAAGCACUAAAGGCUCAGAAUGUGGAGUACAUGUUUGGCAUCGUUGGGGUUCCCAUCAUUGAGGUUGCCAUGGCAGCCCAGGCUGCUGGCAUCAAGUAUGUGGGCAUGCGCAAUGAACAAGCGGCCUGUUAUGCUGCUUCUGCAAUUGGAUAUUUAACAGGACAUCCAGCAGUGUGUCUAGUGGUGUCUGGACCUGGGCUCAUCCAUGCACUUGGUGGAAUGGCCAAUGCUAACAUGAACUGCUGGCCUGUUGUAGUCAUUGGAGGAUCCUCAGAUCAGAAUCAGGAGACAACUGGAGCAUUUCAAGAAUUUCCGCAGGUAGAAGCCUGCCGCCUUUACAGCAAGUUUUCAGCCCGACCAGGCAGCCUGGUUAUGAUACCAGCUGUAGUUGAAAAGGCAGUAAGGAGCAGUAUUUACGGUCGUCCAGGAGCAUGCUACAUAGACAUCCCUGGUGACAUGGUGAAUGCAAGAGUGGAGCGGAAAACCGUCAGGUUUCCGUCCUGUUGUCCUCCUCCUCCAGUGAGCCUGGCCAGCAAUCAUGAGCUCUCCAAAGCUGUCACGGUGCUCAAACAGGCUCAGAGACCACUGCUCAUCAUUGGCAAAGGCGCGGCAUACGGCCGGGCGGAGAAUGAAAUUAAAGAGCUGGUGGAGCUAAGUGGGUUGCCCUUCCUGCCUACUCCAAUGGGAAAAGGAGUACUUCCUGAUGACCAUCCCAACUGUGUGGCUGCUGCCCGCUCAAGAGCUCUGCUGCAGGCAGAUGUGGUAGUGCUGCUGGGUGCCAGACUAAACUGGAUCCUGCACUUUGGCUUUCCUCCCAGAUUUAGCCCUGAUGUGAAACUUAUUCAGGUGGAUAUAUGUGCAGAGGAGCUGAGUAACAAUGUGAGAGCUACAGCAGCACUACUGGGAGAUGUCAGGGCUGUAGUCGGCCAGCUUGUGGAAAUCUUGAGAUCAAACACAUGGACGUAUCCAGCAGACACAGAGUGGUGGACAAACCUGAAAGAAAAAAUGGCUUCCAAUGCUCAGAUAUCAAAGGCACUUUCUCUCCAAAACACUCUGCCCAUGAACUACUACACAGCAUUCCACCACAUCGCUGAACUCCUACCCAAAGACUGUAUCAUUGUCAGCGAAGGAGCCAACACCAUGGACAUUGGCCGCACCAUGCUGCUCAACUACUUCCCCAGAUGCAGGCUGGAUGCGGGGACAUUCGGUACCAUGGGAGUGGGACCUGGUUUUGCCAUUGCAGCAGCAGUACUGGAGCAGGCCCAGCACACAGGCAGAAGAGUGGUGUGUGUGGAGGGAGACAGUGCGUUUGGCUUCUCGGGCAUGGAGGUAGAGACCAUGUGCAGGUAUAAGCUGCCAGUCAUCAUCAUUGUCAUCAAUAACAAUGGCAUAUAUAGUGGUGUAAAUACAGAGACAUGGAGGGAAAUGGAGAAGAUGGGAGACAUGACCACUAUAGCUCCUCCUGUGACACUCCUGCCUGAGGCACGUUAUGAGCAGGUAAUGUGUGCGUUCGGGGGCCGCGGCUAUCUGGUCAGGACAGUAGAGGAACUGUGCACUGCCCUACAGCAGAGCUUGAGUGAGACAGCCACACCAAGCCUAAUUAAUGUGCUCAUAGAACCGACCUCGGACCGAAAGCAACAGGAGUUCCCCUGGCUGACUCGCUCCAAUCUGUAAGAGAGUAAGAAGAGGAGUUAAGCUGGAAUCUCGUUCCCUCUUUGCUAUGAUGGACAGUAGCCAGCUCUCUCCUUACUAACUGACUCACCCAGUGCCUUGCUGUGAUCUUUAAUGAUAAUGAAAAGCACAAAAUGUAUUGUAAUGGGACGUGGCAGUGGCACAUGCUGAUUCAGCAGUACUCUUCUAAAUGUAGACAACAGAACUACCCAAUCCUGCAUGUUAUGUAUUUCCAUUAAUUACCAGAUGUUUUCUAAUUAGUGACAUUUUUUUAAUAUGAGGCUCAUUUUUCAGCAACAGGCCUGACCUGUGGUUAACCUGUGAUUAUUGAAUUAUUCAUCAGUUAUCUCUGUAUGUAAUAUAGAAUAGCCACAAUUCUUGGCCAGCUAACAUUAGUUUUAAAAUGGGAAAGUCCAGACUAAGCACUUCUUAUAUGGAUUUAUAUUUUCCCCAUACCAAAUUCAUCCCAUGAAGGACUUGUGAAUCAGCUGAUGAGUUGAGAGAAUGAGUGUGUUAAAUCUGGCCAAAUGCUAAACUUUCCGUUUUAAAGGAACAGUGGUAAAUUACACAGACGUAUUCUCACAACUGAAAUUUUGUUUCUUAAACAUUUAGAAAUAUACAUUUGUACAAAUUACAGGAGUUCAACCCUACUUUACUUGUCUUUACAAAAAUAGAAAUAAGACAGUGCUGCAAGGUGUAAGAACUGCAGCACUUGUGCCAUUAAUGGAAUAUGUGUACUGUAAGUGUAUGUGAAAGUGUCGGAAGUGGUUUGAUGUCCAAGGUAAAAUGACUGGAAAGGGCUCUGGUUAAGCUCAGUUCAGAUUCCAGUUAAUUAAAGCCUUCCUGUCCUCUGCUUCUCCUGUAUGUCAAAGACCAUUACCUCACUGCUUUAGCUCAGCAAUAAAGCUAGGCGAGACUCUCAAUCCUGCAAACAGCUCUCAGGAGGCCAAGACACACAUCAAUGACCAAGUUUUUAGUAGAGUAAUUUACUGAACUGUUUUUACAGUUGUAAUUAUGGAUGUCUGUCUUGAUAUGUACUUUAAAUUUUACCUCUUUAUUCCAUGGUUGCAGUCUCUGCCAUUCAAAUGACGUUGAAUAAUACUGAUGUACAGUUUCCUAUAAUCUAUAUGAGGUGAACACAAGUGCAGGUGGUUCUAAUGUCACUGUGUGCUCUUUGGGAUGUGUUGUAAAUUAAAUGUGAUUAUUAAAAUGCACUGCCUGUAUUUUUUUGAGCUGA